GAUAUGGUGAUUGUUGUGGAACUGAUGUUAUGCGCAUCAGUCCUACUGAUAUUCUUAUUUGGGCCAAAAAUUUACAUUUUACUAUCCUAUGAACCAGUUAUAGUCGAAUAUAACGCUCAGGCUGGAAAGUGCAAGGACGGCGUUUAUGAGAACGGUCUUUUUGAGAAAGAUGACGAGAUGAAGCGAUCAGUAUCGCCAACAGACAGUUAUGCAACAAUGACUCAGACAUCGCUUUGUAAUAUUCAUAAGGCCAGUGCUGCAACACCACAUUCAAUAGCCUCAACAAGCGGAGCUUGUAGUGAUGAGCAGGUGCGAUUGAAACUGUCACUUUUUGACGGAUAUUUUCCGCUUUUGUUCUUAAUAACACCAAGUUCUGAUCAGUGA